GCAUCGCUAUUGUGAUAGGGCGAAUGAUGAACCAUGAACUUUCAAAUGUCCACCUCCUUUUGCUGACCAAUGGCACUCCUCGGCGCGGACCUCUACGUUUACGCACAAUUCCGACACUUUCGCGACGGCCCCUCAGCCCUUCUCUCUGCUUUACAGGAACUUUACUAUGCAGUGCGCUGUCAGAGCAGGCCUGAGUGCAGCUCACCGCGCAUUUCUCCCCAGACUCAGAACAUCACGCUUCAUUCAACUCCGCAGCAUGUCUCAGUCCAAACUCCCCGUCACUCUGCUGGGGUCCAUGGCGUUUGGGGGCCGCGCGGACGCACACCUGAGCUCGCGGCUGGUGCAGGUGUUCUUAGAGCGCGGACACAAUGAGCUGGACACCGCGUUGAUGUACAAUGAUGGACAGGCGGAGACCAUCAUAGGGAACAUGCAGCUUCCGAAAACAGUUCGAAUUGCGACUAAAGCAAACCCCUGGGAGGGGAAAACACUCAACCCAGAGAGUGUGCGGGAUCAGCUGGAAACGUCCCUGAAGAGGCUGCGCACACAAUGUGUGGACCUGUUUUACCUGCACGCUCCGGACCACCAGAACCCCAUUCAGGACACACUACAGGCCUGCGAUGAGCUGCAUAAAGAGGGCAAAUUCAAAGAGCUGGGCUUAUCAAACUAUGCAUCAUGGGAAGUGGCAGAAAUCUACAGCAUCUGCAAACACAAUGACUGGGUGCUUCCUACUGUAUAUCAAGGCAUGUAUAAUGCAACCACACGUCUAGUGGAGACCGAACUGCUGCCAUGUUUGAGAUACUUUGGCAUCCGUUUCUAUGCAUACAAUCCCCUGGCAGGUGGGCUUCUCACUGGGAAAUAUCACUAUGAAGAUAAAGACGGCGCUCAGCCUGCGGGCCGAUUCUUCGGGAACAGUUGGGCUGGUGCUUACAGAGACAGAUACUGGAAGGAGAGUCAUUUCAAAGGCAUAGAUGGCAUUCAGAAGGCUCUGGAAGCAGCGUACGGCUCAGAGAAACCCACCCUGACAUCAGCUGCUAUUCGCUGGAUGUAUCAUCACUCUCAUCUGAAGGUGGGAGCGGUGUUAUUUUGGUCUCAUUGAUAUACUAUUAUAGUUUUUGUUAAUAUU